AAGCAGUUGCAUUGCUGCUGCUGCUGCUUCUUCUGCGGCGGGGUGGGAGAGAGACCCUUCCGAGCGGAGCUUCCUCCGGGGUUGCCCCCCCCCUCCCCUCCCUAUCCCACCCCAUGCCCCGCCGGCUUUGGGUCCAAUUGCUGCCUGCAGUCGGGAGCCAGCAGCCUUCCCGGGUCUGAGCCUCGGUCCUACCUAAAAGAAAAAAAAAAAGAGAAUUCCAGCUAGCUCCAGUCUUCUCUCAGGUCCCCCCCCCCGGCCCCCCCCGCCCCCCCGAUCGCGAUGGACAGCAAGCCGCUGCUGCAGGACCGGCCGCCGCCCUACAGCCCUUACGGGCCAGCGGGCAACUAUGCAGCAGCCCAGACCUACGGGGCCAUCCCGCCGGCGCCUCCCUACCCGUUCCCCGCGGGGACCGGACCAGGAUAUACUGCUCCGGCUAGUUCACAGCCGCACAACUAUCCCAAUACUACGUAUACAAUAAUCCAGCAGCCCCCUCCCACCACAUCUGUCAUAGUCGUGGGUGGCUGCCCAGCUUGCAGAGUUGGCGUGCUGGAAGAUACCUUUACUUGUCUCGGCAUCCUGUGCGCCAUCUUUUUUUUCCCCGUCGGGAUCAUCUUUUGCCUCGCUUUGAGACAACGAACGUGUCCUAACUGUGGGGCGACAUUUGGUUAAAGGGAUCGGCGCCCCAUUCCCGCCCCCCACCCCCCACCCCAAGGCUUUGAGGAGCUGUACCCCAUUUUUUCUAAUGUAAAUGUCAUGUACAAUCAAGUUUAUGCAUCGGAGCUGAUUUUGUAAAGAAAUAAUAAUUACUACCAAGCAUCGGCCGCCUUUUUCUCUUUCUCGUGACGUGUGAAACUGAUAUUCAGGCACAUCUGUUACGAAGCACCCCCCCCUCCCCCAUCUUGGUUUUCGUGUUUGAAAUGCACCUUUUUUUGGGGGUGGGGAAGUGGGUGGGGACAUUUCAAUAAAAGCACUUUUUCAAACUUCACAA